UGAUGGUGACAGUGCCUACGUGGGGAUGAGUGACGGAAACCCAGAGCUUCUAUCAACCAGCCAGACCUACAACAGCCAGAACGAGAGCAACGAAGACUAUGAGAUUCCCCCAAUAACACCUCCCAACCUCCCAGAACCUUCCCUCCUGCACCUGGGGGACCACGAAGCCGGCUACCACUCUCUGUGCCACAGCCUCGCGCCCAACGGACUGCUCCCUGCCUACUCCUACCAGGCCAUGGACCUCCCGGCCAUCAUGGUGUCCAACAUGCUGGCCCAGGACAGCCACCUGCUGUCGGGCCAGCUGCCCACGAUCCAGGAGAUGGUCCACUCGGAGGUGGCUGCCUAUGACUCGGGCCGGCCAGGGCCCCUGCUGGGCCGCCCAGCGAUGCUGGCGAGCCACAUGAGCGCCCUCAGCCAGUCCCAGCUCAUUUCUCAGAUGGGCAUCAGGAGCGGCAUCGCCCACAGCUCCCCGUCGCCCCCAGGGAGCAAGUCAGCCACCCCCUCUCCUUCCAGCUCAACUCAAGAGGAGGAGUCAGAAGCCCAUUUCAAGAUGUCAGGAGAGAAGAGACCAUCGGCUGACCCGGGAAAAAAGGCCAAGAACCCAAAGAAGAAGAAGAAGAAGGACCCCAACGAGCCACAGAAGCCGGUGUCUGCCUACGCUCUCUUCUUCAGGGACACUCAGGCUGCCAUAAAGGGGCAGAACCCCAGCGCCACCUUUGGGGAUGUGUCCAAAAUCGUGGCCUCCAUGUGGGACAGCUUGGGAGAGGAGCAGAAGCAGGCCUAUAAGAGGAAGACCGAAGCGGCAAAAAAGGAAUAUCUGAAGGCUCUGGCAGCCUACCGGGCUAGCCUGGUCUCCAAGAGCUCGCCGGAUCAGAGUGAGACCAAGAACGCUCAGGUGAACCCACCAGCCAAAAUGCUCCCACCCAAGCAGCCCAUGUACGCCAUGCCCGGCCUGGCCUCCUUCCUGACGCCGUCAGACCUGCAGGCCUUCCGCAGCGGGGCCACCCCUGCCAGUCUUGCGCGGACACUGGGCUCCAAGUCUCUGCUGCCAGGCCUCAGCGCGUCCCCGCCACCACCACACUCCUUCCCGCUCAGCCCCCCACUGCACCAGCAGCUGCCACUGCCCCCCCACGCCCAGGGCACCCUCCUCAGCCCACCUGUCAGCAUGUCCCCAGCCCCCCAGCCUCCUGUCCUGCCCACUCCCAUGGCACUCCAGGUGCAGCUGGCUAUGAGCCCUUCACCUCCAGGGCCACAGGACUUCCCUCACAUCUCCGAGUUCCCCGGCGGUUCCGGAUCCCGCUCACCUGGCCCAUCCAACCCCCCGAACAGCGGAGACUGGGACAGCAGUUACGCCAGCGGGGAGUGUGGCAUCAGCACUUGUAGCCUGCUCCCCAGGGAUAAAUCUCUCUACCUCACCUAAUCCCGCCUCCCCUCUCCUCCCUGAGGCUGCUGGAGGGGCCCACAGCAGAAAAGAGGCCUUGGCAGGAAGCAGGGUGACCAUGAAGAGAGAAAGAACAGUGACAUGCUAAUGUCCCACGGCUGAGUCUCUUCCUCGACCUCUUACCAGACUCUGCAGAGGCCGCCCAACACCCGCCGCCAGCCCAAAGAACCUGCGGGAACCCUCUGCCCCAUGACCUGCUUGCUCCAGGGUUACCGUGGACCCCGCUCCUCGUCUGCGCACCGUCCCCUACGCCUGGACGUCUGGCCCCAGCCCGGGCUCACGCGGGCUGCCCCUGGAGGGGUCGCUGACCAACGGAAACCCCCCAGAUGCACGGGGCGGGGGCCAGCCCAGCCACAGAUGUGCAGAUACGGUUUUGCAGCGUGAACAAGAUUCUGAAACAUACACUGUUGGCUUUGUGUGAGUAGUUGACUACGUGACUUAGAACUGUGCUGAAGACAUCUGUAAGAUUAUUUUGUGUGUGGGGGGGAAAGUAGUUUCCUUUAAGGUAAAAAGCAUUUUCUAUGACCCUUAGCACAUGUUUUUUUAAGUUUUAUCUUAAGGGAGACGUGCACAAAGCAGCGACCAAACCGUUUCAUCGUCUGUACAAUAAAGAACCGGGGCGUUCAGAGCCACACUCGGAGGCUUGCGUGCGCCUUUUCUUUUAAUCAUAUGCCCAUCUAUUUAAAAUUGCCAACUAUGACUUUUGUCUAUUUAUGAAGAAGACCUGAGGACAGAAAUGCAGUCGAUCAGAAAGUGUGUGUGGUUUGGGGUUUGGUCGGGGUUUGGGUUCUUCAUGUUGUUUGCAGCUGUUUCCUGGCCCUGGUGAACGCCUGGCCCCGUGCCCAGUGCUUCUCUCAAAUUUCUUUAUAAUAAAACUUCUGAAAAGCUG